GCCGCCGGGAGCUCGAUGCGGACGGAGCCUGGGCCGGGCCAUGGGGAUCCUCAGCAUCACGGACCAGCCGCCCCUGGUCCAGGCCAUCUUUAGCCGGGAUGUGGAGGAAGUGCGCUCCCUCCUCUCGCAGAAGGAAAACAUCAACGUGCUGGACCAAGAGAGAAGAACCCCUCUGCAUGCUGCUGCAUAUGUAGGAGAUGUCCCCAUCCUCCAAUUGCUACUGCUGUCAGGUGCUAAUGUCAAUGCUAAGGACACACUGUGGCUGACCCCCCUACAUCGUGCUGCCGCCUCUAGGAAUGAGAAAGUACUGGGGCUGCUCCUAGCACAUUCCGCAGAUGUGAAUGCCCGGGACAAGCUAUGGCAGACACCACUGCAUGUGGCUGCUGCCAACCGGGCCACCAAAUGUGCUGAAGCCCUGGCCCCGCUGCUGAGCAGCCUGAAUGUGGCCGAUCGAAGCGGGCGCAGUGCCUUGCACCAUGCCGUGCACAGUGGGCACCUGGAGAUGGUGAACCUGCUUCUGAACAAGGGGGCCAGUCUUAAUGUCUGUGACAAAAAGGAGCGGCAGCCACUACAUUGGGCAGCCUUUUUAGGGCAUUUGGAGGUCCUGAAGCUGUUGGUGGCCCGGGGUGCAGAUCCUAGUUGCAAGGACCGGAAGGGCUAUGGGCUGCUCCACACAGCUGCUGCCAAUGGCCAGAUUGAUGUGGUCAAGCACCUGCUACGGCUCGGGGCUGAGAUCGAUGAGCCCAAUGCCUAUGGGAACACAGCUCUGCAUAUCGCCUGCUACCUGGGCCAGGAUGCUGUGGCCAACGAGCUGGUGAAUGCAGGCGCUAACGUCAACCAGCCCAAUGACAAGGGAUUUACUCCAUUACAUGUGGCUGCAGUCUCCACUAAUGGUGCACUCUGCUUGGAACUAUUGGUCAAUAACGGGGCAGAUGUCAAUUUCCAGAGCAAGGAAGGAAAGAGUCCCCUGCAUAUGGCUGCCAUCCAUGGGCGUUUCACCCGAUCUCAGAUCCUUAUCCAAAAUGGCAGUGAGAUUGACUGUGCUGACAAAUAUGGGAAUACACCGUUGCAUGUGGCUGCCCGUUAUGGACAUGAGCUGCUGAUCAGCACCCUUAUGACCAAUGGUGCUGAUACUGCCCGGCGAGGCAUCCAUGACAUGUUCCCCCUGCACUUAGCUGUUCUCUUUGGAUUCUCAGACUGUUGUCGUAAGCUCCUCUCCUCAGGUCAGCUGUACAGCAUUGUGUCUUCACUCAGCAAUGAACAUGUACUGUCUGCUGGUUUUGACAUCAACACACCUGAUAACCUUGGCCGAACCUGUCUCCAUGCUGCUGCUUCUGGAGGGAAUGUUGAAUGUCUUAAUUUGCUGUUGAGCAGUGGAGCUGACUUGAGAAGGAGAGAUAAGUUUGGAAGGACCCCAUUGCACUAUGCAGCCGCCAAUGGCAGCUACCAGUGUGCGGUGACACUGGUGACUGCUGGAGCAGGCAUCAAUGAGGCUGACUGUAAAGGCUGCUCCCCUCUGCACUAUGCUGCCGCUUCCGACACCUACCGGAGAGCGGAGCCGCAUGCGGCCACCAGCCACGAUCCUGAAGAGGACGAGCCACUGAAGGCAUCCCGGAGGAAGGAGGCCUUCUUCUGUCUGGAGUUUUUACUGGAUAACGGUGCAGACCCCUCCCUGCGGGACAGGCAGGGUUACACAGCCGUGCACUAUGCAGCCGCCUAUGGCAACAGACAGAACCUUGAGCUGCUCCUAGAAAUGUCUUUUAACUGCCUGGAAGAUGUGGAGAACACCAUUCCAGUCAGCCCUUUGCACUUAGCUGCCUAUAAUGGUCACUGUGAAGCACUGAAGACACUGGCAGAGACGCUGGUGAACCUGGAUGUGAGGGACCACAAAGGCCGGACUGCACUGUUCCUGGCCACAGAACGAGGCUCCACUGAGUGUGUGGAGGUGCUCACAGCCCAUGGAGCCUCUGCCCUGGUCAAGGAGCGCAAGCGGAAGUGGACACCCCUCCAUGCUGCCGCUGCUUCUGGUCACACAGACUCCCUGCACCUGCUGAUUGACAGUGGAGAGCGAGCCGAUAUCACUGAUGUCAUGGAUGCCCAUGGACAGACCCCACUAAUGUUGGCCAUCAUGAAUGGCCAUGUAGAUUGUGUGCAUCUCCUGCUAGAAAAAGGAUCAACGGCUGAUGCAGCUGAUCGCCGGGGUCGAACUGCCUUGCACCGUGGGGCGGUGACUGGCUGUGAGGACUGCCUGGCUGCCCUUCUGGACCAUGACGCCUUUGUACUAUGCCGAGAUUUUAAGGGCAGGACACCUAUCCACCUGGCCUCAGCCUGUGGCCACACAGCUGUCUUGAGGACCUUGUUACAGGCUGCCCUCUCCACAGAUCCCCUGGAUGCAGUAGUGGACUACAGUGGCUACUCUCCCAUGCACUGGGCCUCCUACACUGGACAUGAAGAUUGUCUGGAGUUGUUACUUGAACACAGCCCGUUCUCAUACCUAGAAGGAAACCCCUUCACUCCUUUGCACUGUGCAGUAAUUAACAACCAGGACAGCACCACAGAGAUGCUCCUGGGAGCACUGGGUGCCAAGAUUGUGAAUAGCCGAGAUGCCAAAGGACGGACCCCCCUUCAUGCUGCUGCCUUCGCAGACAAUGUCUCUGGGCUCCAGAUGCUGCUGAGGCACCAAGCUGAGGUGGAUGCCGUUGAUCAGGCUGGCAGAACGGCUCUCAUGACAGCAGCUGAGAAUGGGCAGACCGCUGCUGUCGAGUUUCUGUUAUAUCAAGCAAAAGCAGACCUUACUGUGCUGGAUGGGAAUAAGAACACUGCCCUGCACUUGGCAUGCAGCAAGGGCCACGAGAAAUGUGCCCUGUUAAUCCUGGCGGAAACUCAAGACCUUGGCCUUAUCAAUGCCACCAACAGUGCACUGCAGAUGCCACUCCACAUCGCUGCCCGGAAUGGCCUGGCUUCUGUGGUGCAGGCACUACUCAGUCGUGGGGCCACAGUGCUGGCUGUGGAUGAAGAAGGUCACACUCCAGCCCUGGCCUGUGCGCCCAACAAAGAUGUGGCAGACUGUCUGGCCUUGAUCCUCUCCACCAUGAAGCCUUUCCCACCCAAGGACGCUGUCAGCCCCUUCAGCUUCAGCCUGCUCAAGAACUGUGGCAUCGCCGCUGCCAAGACAGUGGGUGGCUGCGGUGCCCUGCCCCAUGGGGCCUCCUGCCCCUACAGCCAGGAGCGGCACGGCGCCAUCGGCUUGGACGGCUGCUACUCAGAGUAGAUCCUCCGUGGGUCUCCCCACACUGGUGACCUAAUAUCUUAUUCUAUUUAUUUAGAAAAUGUCUAUAAAUAUAGGGCACUUUAAAGGAGAACACGACUUGGGUGAUGGGGGGGCUGGGAGUGGGGAUAAGUGAAGGGGAAAGGAGGGAAAGAGUUGGAGAGAAACUGCUCACCCCUCUGCCACCCAAACUGAGCAGGGUAUUAGUGGGCUACCAGGGAGUUCCCAGAUGCUCUUGGUGCCCCCAGGGCAGGCCCUUCUGCCAAGUAAUCUGAGAAAAUUACUAAAUGCCUGGCUCCCCUUAGCUCUGCCCACCCUUGCCCCUUGUCUUACCCGCCUCUCCCCGACAGUCUGCUUUCAGCUCCACCCCUCUCUUCCUCCUCUCUCUCUCCCUCCCGCUUCUUCCCUUUUUGUCCUCUCUCCAGUUUUCCUGCCUCUGGAGCCAGGCAGUUACCUGUCCCCAUCCUGAUCACUGCCCUUCCUGCUCGGCUAGCCUCUCUACCCCCGAAGCAGUGAGAAGCCUUAAUUUCUGGUACUGUGUGAGCACUCUGGAGGUGUCUCCCCACUCCCCUUAGGGGCAGUUGGGUGGUGGGGGGAAGACUUUUAGCACUGAGGCCUGGAGCUUCUUCCUCUCCCCUCCAGUCUACCCUGUCUCCCUCCACCCCCUCCGAUUCAAAUGCAAAACACUUGAAGCAACAACUACUGUACCUGGGACUCUGAAACCUGCUCCCUUCUCUCCCCACUUCCUCAUAUGCAAAUCAAGGGCUGGCUCUGCCCCCCUCCCCCGGCUUGGCCCGGCUUGGCCCCCUCACCAUGCACUUUAACCUCGCUUCUUCAUUUUAGCUCCUUUGGGGGAGAGCAUCGCUGUGGCUUCCCUCCUCCUCAGCUCUCCACUUAGGCUCAUCAUGAAUUUUUAAGUAAGCAUUCACCCUGUAGUAGAAGAAACAGAUGAAUUUCCUGUCCAUUUCAAAGCCACAGCCCUCUUGUAUUCCCUGUGUAUGUUUCAAGCAUGUGCUCGUAUGUGCGUGUGGAAGGAGGGCCUCCCUAUCCAUAGUUCCUCUGGGCCUCCCUCUCUGCCUCUACCGUCCCCUUAUGUCCAAGAACACGCCCACCCCCAAUCACUGCAGAUCUGAAGCCAAAGAUGGUGGGAGGGGCAGGGGCAGAUUAGAGCCCUCCUCCAGAGCUCGGGCCCUUGGCUUAGAAGUGGGAAGGCAGAAGAGAGCCCCUGACUCCCAGUGACAGGGGCGUGUGGGGGAGGGCCAGGGGCUGCACUAACAGGAUUCCUAGAGCCCCACCCUCAACACCAAACUAGGGAAGGUGAGGGGGGCAAACUUUUCUCUAAAUGUAGCAUUGAAUUUGGCCCUGGUCCCCUUAAAUGCCCUAACCAUCCCUCUCCCAGCUAAGCCUCCCAGAGUAUUCCCCUGAGCCCCUCCAUCCAGUGUUCCCUUCCUCACACGCAAUACCUCAGCCAGGAGCCAAGACACAUAACUUGAACAGAGGCCAUGCCCCUUCCCCUCCCUCAGUAUCCCCCAGUUGCCAUCAGUAUUGUUUCCCAAAAACUAGAGUGGCCUCGUUUACAUAGUGCUUUGUCUCCCCACAGAGAAACACAAGGGCCCACCCCACCCCCAAUCUUGCUUGCAUUCUUCACAGUUGUACUUACUUUUCUGUUUUAGACUUGUGUUCUGCCAUCUCUGCCUAGAAUGAUGUUGGGGCAUUAGGGGACAUCCCAGGGCCCCCUUCCUCUGCAACAUCCCCCAACUUUUCAUGUAUCCAGUUCUCUGUAGCUUGUCUGAGACCUCAUCUCUGCCAUUCCUCUUGGUCUCUUUGUGUUCCCCACUAUCUCUGUCCCCCUUAUUCUCUUCACCUGCCCCCCCUCCCCAAUCAUUGUUCUAAAACCAUUUCAAAACUUCUAAAUGACCAUUGUUGGUGAGAAGGAUUGUGCAGCUUUUAGUUUUCGAUCCUGUUAAAGCCAAAGGGCCUUGUGCUGCCCCUUUCCCCUAUGUCCUUCCCACACUCCCUCCUUCCCUAAAUGACAAUCAAUGUGACCUCUCUCUAAGGGCUGCAGCCCCUCCCCUCAAAAACAAUCCCUGCUUGGCUUUUCCAAGUGCCCUCGCCCGGCCCGCUCUGCUGAUUUUCUUGGAAGCCUUCUCACUCUCCCUCCCCAUUCUCAUUGUGACGCAGGGAGUUGGGUGGAAGGGACAACCCAGGUUCUCCAGAGGGGCCCAUCUGUGUGUCAGUCGUGUUCUCCUUUAUUGAUGCUCAGCCACAUCAGUAAGAAUCUGAGUGUCUGCAAAGCGCCCCAUUAUUUUGCUAAAAGAGAUUUCUGGUGGCUGCCCCUUCAGCACAGUGUCAGCAUUGCUGGGGAAAUAAGGGAAACUGUUUGCCCCUCCUCAUGUCAUUGGUGAGGGGGCCUGGGGGAUGAGCAGCCUCCUCUCCUUAUGCCAAAGGAAAUUCCCUGCCCCGCCCUGGGCUCCCAAGUCCCUGUUGUUUUUGAAGCAUCUUGUCCCAUACUCAUGGCCACUGCAUAUUUAUUUUAAUUUUCAGGGUUUUUUUAAACCUUUUUGACUUAAACGGGUGUGGAGAAAUUAAACAAAGGCAGAAUGGCCCCCAGUCCUUCUCCAGGAAGGGGAGGGAGUAGACAUCUCUUUCCCCUUCCUUCCCUAGGCUCUCCUCCCUCCCCUUCCUUCCCCCCCCAAAAAAAAGCUCUAAAGCACUUGCUUCAAGUAAUAAGCACUUUUUGUGGAAAAAGCCUCUCUAGAGAGGUCCUGGAGAGCAGCCCCAGGGUCCCAGCAAAGAGCGCUAUGGAGGAUACAGACAAAGGAAAUGGGUAGGAAAGUGGAAAGACAGCUAAUGAGAGCCAGUUUUUAGUUUCUGAUUUUGGGGGCUUUUCUGAUCUGAGGGACAUUGGGCAGUUGGAGGGGAGGGUGCUCCCUCUCCCCAAAAAAGAAAGGCACAAAUUGUGGGUCCUGGUAGAACAGAUAGAGACCAGGGUCACUGCCACUUGUCCAGCUGAGACUGAUGGGGCUUCCUCCCCCACCCUGCAAUGCCCGAGCCAUAGGACUGCUGAAAACCACUGAAUGUACAGCCCAGGUUGGGGGGGGGGGCAGCCCAUAGGGGAGGGGCUUCUAUUCUUCUUGUUUGGUGCUGUGGGGGGUGGGGGAGAUAACACUGAGGGACUCCCACCCCCAAUAAGACUUGUGUUUCUUGGGGUGGAAGAAUGGAGGAGGGCCUACCUUCCUUCAUUUCACCCCAGGACCCUUUCCCUCUCUUCACCCCCUCCGUUUAGACUGUAAGUCCAGCUCACCUUUGCCUUCAAUAUGUAACCAAAGGAAAACUCAAUACUGUUUCCACCAAUGUCCACCAAUGUUGCCCCACUGGACCACCCAUACGUUCCCUUGGCCUGGAAGGGGAAAUGAGGACAUGAGGGCCAUGGGAAAUGUUCUGCAGAGCCCCCAGUAUCUUCUCUAGAGUCCUUAAAGCGAUCCUGAGAGCUGGGCUGGAGAGCAGGGGAGGGGUGGUCAAUUGGAGGGAAGAAGGUAAAUCUGAAUAUUAUGCACACAAGUGUUUCUUUGUUAACAACAGCUCCAGCAGACCUCAUGUUCCAGUAAGGAAGUCCUUCCCUCCUUUCCCCUCCUUGGCCAUACCCAACCCUGGUCCCCAGUGUGUGUUAAAUCCUCUCCCCCUUCCCUGAUUCCAGCAAAGGAAAAUAGCCUUACAGACAAUAGCCCAGAAGCCCCCCCCCGGGGGGAACAAUAGUUUGGGGAUCUCCCCACCCCUAUCUUUUCAGAAUGUGGGGGAUGGGGAGGAGAACAAAGCAGCCCCUUCUUCUGCCUGGUAAAAGUGGUUCCAGCCCUCUCUGUCCAAGGGGUCCUUAGCAUGGUCAGGUUGGCACUCCACUGGAGAGUAAGGGUCAAGGCAAUGAAUACUUGAGGUCCAAGGCCAGAGGUCUGAGAGGAGGGUCUGGCUUGUCUCCCCCAAAUCCCUUCCCAGAGAAGUGACCAAACGCCAGGUUUGGGGAGGGCAGGGGCUGGGAGGGGUGGUAGUGGGGGGUGCUGCUUUUUUUAACUACUUGAAGGUACUAACUCCAAGGCUGCUGUUGCCCAUUUUUGUGAAGUGAUAGAAACUGUACCUAGCACUUGGGAGGGCACGUACUAGUGAGGGUGGAUUCUUCCCAGUCCCAAUCCUCCCACCCCCCUCACUCCCCCUGGGCCUGAGCACUGGACUGCCCAUUCUGAGCCUCCCUUCCCCGGGGAGCCAAGAAAAUUGUCUUGGCUCCUGGGGAACUGGCUCCCCCUCAUUCUGGGCACCAUCUCCAAUUGCACUAAAGUAGCUUUGUGCCAGUCUUGCCCCCACUUCAGGGUGGGGUCUCUGCUUCCAAACCCUGCUCCCCACCCUUAAUCUCCUCGUCCUUUUGUCACACCUGGAUAUCUCGGCAUUGUGUAUGUGUCCAGGGCCAAGGGAGGGGGGAAUCUGGCUGGAGAGGGGUCAGUUAUUGAAGAUAGGAAAAGAAUGGAGAACAAAAUCCUUCCUGAAGCCAUGGGAGCCCAGGAGUGAGGGUAUCUACCCUCAAUGCUAUGUGUCUUGCAGAUGUGCCAAAUUGGGGUGGGGGUGGGGAUGAAGUGGGGCUGCUCUGCUAGCGGCUCCUUCCCCCCAAGGUGGCUCUCUCAAAGCAAUACAGUUCCCCCUUCCUGGGAGCCAAGCAAGACAGGGGAGAGGGAAGAAUGGGGCCUGAGGAUUUCCUCAUGUACAGCUGUGUAUAUGGGGGCAUGAGAGUGUUCUUUGUAUGGUGCCCACUGUGGGUGUCUGUGUGUCUGCUCCUCUCCCCUCAUGACCUGCAUGACCUGUGAUGCUGCAAACACCACCAUCCUGUGUGCAGGUGUGUUGGGGGGCAGAGGGGAUGUACCACGUCCCUUACUCCCCCCAACCCCACCCCGUGACCCAUGUACUCGGUCGUAGGAAGUAAAGAGAACUGAGCACAAUUCACUGGAUUCUAGUUGAAUCUUUCUCUAAGCAAUUGUCACACCUGCCUCUCCUCCCUGCCCCACACCCACCCCAUGGUGCUAGUGUUGGAAUUGGGGAGGGGUCUGAGGGAGAGGGUCUAAAACUACUGGGCAACAAUACCGGUAGAGAUUCUGCCUGGGAUGCAAACACCCAGAGUGUCAAGGGCAGCAUGGGGAGAGGGGGCUGGGAGGGGCAUCACAUGUAGUCCCCCUAGCCCUGGGGUAAAGCACAAAGACUCCCUGCAAAUGGACAUACCCAUGCCCCCAUCAAACCUAGGUUGGGGGUGGAGGGACAGGUGGAAGAAAGACCCCUCCUUUCCCUCCCCAUGGCCUCCUGCUCUGAGCCUCAGGCCAGCCCUUGGUUUUCUACCCUCUUUUGGUGUGAGAACAACUGUUAAGUCAUCAUGGCUUUGGGAUGGGUUCUGUUUAUUAAAGUCCUAUUGCUCCUGUU